CGAGCCAAACAGGGAAUAGCCCUUUACUUUAUUUUCCGGGAAAAUCGUCUUCGGCCGGAAAAUCUUUUACUCGGUUUCAUAAAACGACGUCGCGGAACUGGCAUCACAGCAAAGCUACGGAGCAAUCUCACUGAGCUCGCAGUACAUGAUGAUGAUGAAGAAGCAGGAGAAGAAAUUCGAAGUUACGUUUUGGCUCCUCGACAGAACACACUGGUGGAUGGGAACACGUGGACUCGGAGGCAUCUUUUCCUUUUCUAGAAUUAUCCCUUUAAUGCCUCGUUUGCAUCGAAGGUUUAGGGUUAAAAGGACCCUCAAGCAGGGUGGAGGUAGAAGGGAGAGAUUUUUUAGACCAUUGUUGAAGGAGAUAAUCAUUCUCAACCAUGGGAGAUAAGCCUUCUGACACUCCAAUUCCUGAUGGGUGGAAGUUCAAGAGUGAGGUCCGAAAGGACGGAUCCACAUCCUCGUGCUACUGGUGUCCAGCAACUGGACAGCACUUUUUCACUUACGAAGAUCUUAUGCGAUAUGUGAACUAUGCCAAGGAGGCCAAGCUUUCAAUAUAUGCCCCAGAUUUUAAUAGCAAUAAGACUCGGAAGAAAGCUGGCUUCAUACCAAGGAGGACCCGACCUAGCUCUGGAGCUAGAAGAAAGCUUUUGGGUCAGAGCUCUAGGCCACUGCCUUUGGAUCAGGGUGAGGAUAGCGGUAGCUUGGAGGGAAGCACUGACCCAGUAGAGAGCACUGAUACAGGCAAGAACAUCGAAGCUGGCCUCCAUGAGGCAUUGGAAGACCCGAUUAGGCAAGAAGCCUUCAAUGAAUAACUGUUUCUCUUUCUGAUUCAAAACUCUGUUGUUCAUUUUUCAUGGGUUUUAACUAUUUAGAAUAACUCUUUUGGCACCGUAAUUUUUUUUUUUUUUGGAAGACGCCUUUGGCACUGUAAUGCUACUUGCUGGUUUCUUAAUGCAUUUUCCAGUUUUGUUAA